UUAUUUCCGUUUUAGAAGUUAUUGGAUGCUUUCUCUCUGAUUUGAUCUUCAACAUUCGAUGUAGAUACCUCUCACGUGUGUGCGGUUUUGAGUCGAUAGCGUUUGACAGUGCAGUGGCUUUCACCGUGAGCCAACUCAGCCAGGGCAGCGUUUGGUUAGCCAUGGAGCCAACGUUACUAAUUAACUAGCGAUUUAUUGUUACCAUUAUUAGUUAGCAUUGGGUAAACCAUUCGGAGGGUGGUUGACACACGGUAUCGCUAACGAACCGCAUACAUAUUGGCAUUUCUUCAAUUGGCUCAUAACCCAUGAUCCUGUCAUUGAUAUUGUUUUUAAUCGAAUUUGUUCUUAUGUUAGCUAACGUUUUAGAUAAUUAGCUAACUAAAGGAGCAGUAGCUAACGCGUUAGCAGCCUUCAACUCGGGAAAACAAACAUCGAAGAAGCUUUCAUUGAGAGAAGACUCAUCUAAACGGGGUCGUGGCUGGUGGAACUAUCUUCAACAUGCUGCUUCACUGAGACGCACAGACGGAAGGAUAGCUAGACGGAAGGACAGACAGACCCAGUCAGCGGGUGCCCCCCCCCCCCCCUUUCUUCCCCGUGCCAGCUGCUUCUCCCACCGGCUACCUCCCCCCUGUACAGAACUUGCUAUGGAAUGCCCUCACCUAGCGGACUAGCACAGUCCUCUUUAGGACCCUUUCCUGGGAACCCACUCCAUAAGGAUUCAGCAUAGCUGAUCUGUCUCAGUAGUCUCUGGCUCCUCCUACCCUCCCCUGAGAAGAUGUCUGUGAGCCUGGCUGGGGAGGAUAACCAGACGGAGGGUGAGAGUGGAAGUAGUGGAGUGCUCCAUGAUGACUCCAGCAACAGAGGGAAGCUCUCCCCAUCCCCUGAGCCCUGCCAGGGGAAAGAGGGCACUGGGACUGGAGGCACUGGGGAGGGCAUGGAGGCAGAGGAGAGUGCCACACAGGACUCACAGAGAAGGGCUCAGAACCACGGCCAUGGGCGGAAAAGGGCCAGGUCCAAUGCCAAGCUGAAGCUGGUGAGGAGCCUGGCAGUGUGUGAGGAGUCAUCAGGUCCGUUCUGUACUGACGGACCUCCAGACCAGGACAUCAUCCAGCUGCACAUCAGCUGCCCAUCAGACAAGGAGGAGGAGAAGUCCUCCAAGGAUGAGUACGAGAACGAGGAGAAGAACAAGGACAAGACUCCACGCAAGAUGCUUUCACGAGACUCCAGCCAGGAGUACACAGAUUCCACCGGCAUCGACGUGCACGAGUUCCUGGUCAACACACUGAAAAACAACCCCAGGGAUCGGAUGAUGCUGCUGAAACUAGAACAAGAUAUCCUGGAGUUCAUUAAUGACGACGAUAACCAGUACAAGAAGUUCCCCCAGAUGACGUCCUACCACCGCAUGUUGCUGCACCGUGUAGCUGCCUACUUUGGCAUGGACCACAACGUAGACCAGACUGGCAAGGCCGUCAUCAUCAACAAGACUGGCAACACACGCAUCCCAGAUCAAAGGUUCUCCGAGCACAUCAAGGAUGAAAGGAAUUUGGACUUCCAGAAGAAGUUUAUCCUCAAGAGAGACGAUGUUAGUAUGGACAAGGAUGAUAAUCAGAUCCGUGUGCCGCUGCAGGACGGGCGGCGCAGCAAAUCAAUAGAGGAGAGGGAGGAGGAGUAUCAGAGGGUGCGAGACCGGAUCUUCGCCCGAGAAUCCUCUCAAAAUGGAUACAUCAACGACAACAGACUUUCCACUGAAGGCUACUCCUCUAGCUCUCAAAAGCGGAGACAGAUCUUUAGGGGUAACCGUGAGAGCUCCAGCCGUGCUUCCAGCAGCCGCCAGAGCAGUACGGACAGUGAAAUGAAGUGCCUGGAGCCGAGGCCCUGGAGCAGUACAGACUCAGACAGCUCCAAUAGGACCCUGCGGCCCCCGGUCACAAAGGCAUCCAGCUUCUCUGGCAUCUCCAUUCUGACCAGAGGAGAUAGUCUGGGCAGCAACAAGAGCUUACAGGGUUCCUGCAGGGGCUCACGCACUGGGCUGCCCCUGGUGAGUCCAGAUGGGUGUCCUCAGCCCCCGGCCCCCCAGCCUGGCCCCUGCCCUGGGGGUCGCAGCCUGCUGCCCUGCCCCUCCCAACAGGUCCAGACUCAGCCUCCCCAGACCGCCCUGCUGCCCACCCCACAGCAACACCCCUUGGGCAACCACAACCAUAAUCACAACCACAUUAUGGCUCAGCCAGCUCAGCCUGUGUCCUACUCCUCAUCCUCCUGUUCCCAGGUUCUGCUGCCCGUCUCUCCUCCCCAGCAGUACCUGGGUGAGGAACUGGCUCCCCAGUUCAGCCAGAUGACUCUGAGUAGACAGGGUUCCGGCGAGGCCCCAGAGCCCCCCACCAUGUACCAGACCCAGGGGCCCACUGUCCUCACCCAACACCCCCCACCCCAGACUGGCUACAUCAUGGCCACCACAAGCCAGCCCCUGGUCCCUCCGUCUGGCUACCAGCCUAACACUGGACACCCCCACCCCCCUCCUCUUCUACCACCUCCCUCCCAGACCGUCAUGCAGCCCCCUCCACCGCCACAGGGAUACAUGCAGCCACCUCCCCCGCAACAGAUUCAUGUGUCGUAUUACCCACCUGGGCAGUACCCCAGCACGGGGCAGCAGUACCGGCCUGGACCCAUGACUCACCAGGUGUCCUACCCUGCCCAUACCCAGCACUCCCAGCCGAUGACUCAGCCCACACAGCAGUCAGCAGGUCUCCAGACCAUGAUGCCCAGCCAGCAGCCCCAGUACCAGGGGAUGAUAGGAGUACCCCAGCAGCCCCAGAACCAGACCCUCAUCUCUUCCCAGAGGCAGGGCAUACAAGGACAGAUGACCGGGAUGAUGGUCCAGUACCCACAAAUGCCCUCAUAUCAGGUGCCGGUGGCCAAUGAGUCUCAGCAGGCGGUACAGCAGCAGUACCAGCAGCAAGUCAUGGUGCCAGUCAGCCAGUCUCUCCAGACUGUCCAGGGGGUACAGGGACCCAUGGCAGGCCAAGGAUUGCCCAUAUACUAUAGCGUCAUCACCCCCACACAACAGAACAGCACAAGCCCAUCAGUGGGGUACCUGCAGCCCAACUCAGAGCAGUACCAGAUGAGCCAGUCUCCAUCCCCUUGCAACCCUCAGCAGAUGCAGCAGCAAUAUUCAGGCCUGGACUGUGAUCCAGCUCAUCUAAGUGAGUGUAUGGCAUGUUCUGGUUUGUCUGCUCUGCUACGCGCAGAUCCACCCGAUUGCGACGAUAGAGGGAGCCACCAACAUCCACCAGGAGUGCCACCCCCAGGCCCCGGGGUGAUGGUCAUGCAGCUUAGCGUCCCCAACGGGCCGCAGCCUACCCAGAACCCUCCUCUGGUACAGUGGAACCCCUGCAAAUACUACAGCCUAGAGCAGAGGCCCAGCAAGCCUGGAGAACUCUACAAACCUGACAACACACAACAGGCCAGUACUCAGAUGAGCAGUCCCCUGGCCUCCCCUACCCAGUCCCCCACUCUCUCCCCCUCAGGCAGCGUGAGCAGCGUCUGUCCUGGCCUCGGCCUACUGUCACAGUUCCCCCGGCCCGGACCAGGGUCUGCGCAAGGUGAUGGGCGCUACUCUCUUUUGGGCCAGCCUCUCCAGUAUAGCCUAUGUCCCCCCCUCAUGCACAACCAGACAAACUACAGCUCACAUCAGAGCCAAGUAGGAAUGAAGCAUGGUGCAAGAGGGAAGAGGCAGACACUGAAGUCUCAGUCUACAGACCUGGGCACCACUGACGUAGUGGUGAGUCGGGUGCUGGAGGUGACCGAUCUCCCGGAGGGCAUUAGUCGUCCAGAGGCUGAGAAGCUCUUCAACCAGCUUUCCAUGUGUGGUGCCAAAAUCCAGUGGCUCAAGGACCCGGUGGCAGGGGGCCGUGGAGGCUAUGGUGGCCCGGGAGUGCAUCACGGCCCUGGUCAUUGUCCUGGGGCUGGAGGGGGGAAGGGCGACGGCCCCGGCGGUGACCCAGCUCACCUCUACACGGUGGUGGCUGUGUUCCCCUCCACCAUGGCUGCACAGAGUGCUUCUUUUAAACUCAACAACAGUGGGGUCAGCCUCUUCAAACUGAGAGCCGCCAAAAAGAACUAUGACCUGAGAGUACUGGAGAGGGCCAGCUCCCAGUGAAAAGAGAGGGGGAUGAAGAAAAAUACUUUUGGAAAUGAGGAGUGUAGAGGAGUUGGACUGAGGGGACUGGACAGUUUUUGGACAAACGAGAAAAGACGUCACACAUUAAAGGGAUGGGGUGGACACGGAACACAAAUGGAGAAGAUGGUGUUUGCAAAUUAUAAAAGAAUUGUUUUUGUUUUUGAUUGUUUUAUUUUAUAGAUACCUGAAGAGCACAUAAGACACGUGAGCAUGUGGAUCACUGUUGCCAUGUAUGGGUGCCAUCACACACACACACACACACAUUCUUAUGUACAGACAGGCAACAGGAUCACGUAGCACACACCUGAACACACUGGACAGUUCAACCUCAGUCCAUCCUUCCCCUGCUCUCCUCCAGCCUUCCUCCUUUUUCUGUCUAUACUUUCUCUUUCCUCCUCCUCGCUCUCCCUCCCAUCGCCCCGCUCUUAGGCGCACACAUUUAUGCACAGUCACUCUUUCUAUUUUUUUUCUAUUCCUCUCUCUUACCCUCUCGCCACUUGUCUCAUACUCUUUCAUGCUCUCUUCCUCUGCAUACCCCCACUCACUCCUCUCUCCUCUGGCUUUCUGUUUGCCUUAUACUGCUGUUGUGGGUUUCUGUAUUGCGCUAUUUUUCUCAGAAGAGUAUUGUUCUUUUGCGGUUCGAUAUAUUUAUAUAAGUGAUGUAAGGAAUAAAUCUAUAUAUUCAGUGAUUUUUUUUCUUUUCUUCAGUGGGUAAGUUUAGGAUCCCCUUUAUGAUACCCUCUCAGCCUGUUCCUUCUGCCCCCUUUUCUCCUACCUCAUGACUCCAACUUAUCCAUUCCUACCCUACCCCUCUACCUCCUCUACCCUUACUCUCCCAACCUACCCCAUUGUCCAAAUGUACCCUGUGCUCCCACUACCCUGUUACGGCUUACCCAUUCUCCCCCACCCCACUCCCCAUAAUUAGCCCUUUCCACCGCCCCACUAUCCCAAAUUACCCCAUUCACCCCUACCUUACUACCCCCAAUUUAACCCAUGUGUCCCCCACCCCAACUACCUCUUUCUCCCCUACCCCUCUUAACCCAAUAUACCCCACAACUUACCUCAUUCUCCUGUUGACCCUCUAACCCACUCUCUCAUCCUCAUUGUGCUUGUGUUUUUCGUUGACAGCUGUGCAGAACGUAUCAGAAUAAAUAGUUAAAAGUGCACAAUGAUUGCAUAAUGUCUGCUGUAAAUUUUAUUUAAUGUUAUUUUUUUUGUUUGUUUUUAAAAAUAUAAAAGCAAAAAAAUAAAAGUCUUUGUCGUCAUUGUUUGAACAGAUCUGGGUGGAAUCUUUGCUGUUAGAUUUAUUAAAGCAAUUUGAAUCACGA